AUGGACGACGAUCUAUCAAUUCAACCAUUAAACUUGGAAAUAAUGAAGCCUGUGACGCAUGUGGAGUUAGACGACGAAACCAGUGGCGAACCAAAAACUAUUUUGGAAUUGGAUGCACAAGUAGCACCAUUAAAUUUUGUCGUUGAUUCAUUCCCACCAACACCACCAUCAUCAGGUGCAAUCGACUAUCAUCACCACUCUCUUCCAAUAGAAUAUUAUCGAUUCACGAGUCCCGUUUACGUCUCCAAUCCACCGCAGUUUCAUUUUCCAAUGGCUGGAGUGAUUCCAAUCAAUCCUGAUAUUAAUCCAAUUUACGUUUCCAACUUUCAAACACGUCUGCAUAGUUCGUCACCGAAAUCUCCAGAUGAGAUGAAUCCACCAAAACCUGAUUGGAAAAAGAAAGCAAUUGAAGUGGAAACAGCUUUUAAAAAGACUGCAUGUGACAGAGAGAGAAAUAGAAUGAAAGACAUGAAUAGAGCAUUUGACAUGCUUCGACAGAAAUUGCCAAUCGUGAAGCCAUCAGGAAAAAAAUAUUCUAAAAUCGAAUGUUUAAGAAUCGCAAUCAACUACAUUCGAUAUUUGCAAACUUGUCUAGCAUCAUCGGUACCAGCGGAUCAUCAACCCAGCUUUUACUCGUUAAUGCCGCCCAAAAGUGCAAAAAUAUAUUUUAAAUCUAAUCACAAACGUGAUUAGCUUGAAUUCUUUUUAUAAAUUACAAUUAAAUGAUUUGUUAAUUCUGGAGUAUUUGUUGUUGCCAUAUCAGUUUUGAUUUCCAGUUUCAUGUCUUCAAGUAACGUUAUAGUUCUUCGUAUUUUAGUGACCAUAGGAUCUUUUGCAAAACUUAUUCGUUGAAUUCCACUUGAUUCCAAUACAAUAUUGCAGCCUUCAACGCUUCCUUCUUCAACAGAACAAAGUCCAAAAUUGUGCGAAACCAUAAAUGCAACUUUUGAAGUUCCAGGCAAGAUACGCAAAAAUCCUGACUCUAAAUGCAUUGGUCGUUCACCAAUCUUUGAAAUACUUUUGAAGUUAAGCAAAGGUUGUCCUAUUUCUUCGAAGUAAAUCGUUUCGUCAUACUUAAAAUCGUUGAUGGUUGGAAAAUGGCCUACAGCGCUUUCUGAUGUCCACGUUCCAAUAAGGAACUCAAUAGGUUGCAAAGCUGGAUGCAUGACUAAACAAAAAUAUUAUUUCUUUUUUCUAAUUUUUAUAUUUACACAACAGGAGCUUGAAUCAUACGACCCGAUAUUUUAUUAAAGUCAAAUCUCUUUAACAUU